AGAAGUCGAUGCUGAAAGCGCGCAUUUUUACGUUGUUUACAAAACAUUUAAUUACUACGAAUCGGAACAAAAUGAUUGAUCGAGGAAGUCUGAUUGUGUUUGAAGGCUGUGACCGAAGUGGAAAGACGACACAAUGCAACAAACUGAUUGCACAACUCGAGGCCGAUGGACGUAAAGCUAAAUAUCUCAAAUUUCCAGAUCGAACCACUAAAAUCGGUCAACUUAUCAACAGCUAUCUUGGACAGUCAUGUGACUUGGAUGACCAUGCAAUUCAUCUUCUCUAUUCAGCCAAUCGCUGGGAGGCUAUACACGACAUGAAAAGUUUAAUAAAUCAAGGAACAACGUUAAUAAUUGACAGAUAUGCUUAUUCUGGUGUAGCAUAUACAGCUGCUAAAGAAGGUUUUACGCUUGAUUGGUGUAAACAGCCCGACAUUGGUUUGCCUCAACCUGAUAAAGUUUUCUACCUCACGCUAUCAUCAGAAGCCGUUAGUAGACGUGGUGGGUUUGGAGAUGAAAGAUACGAAAAGAAAGACAUCCAAGAGAAAGUCGCCCAAAAUUUCCAAAAGUUAAAAGAUGGUGAUUGGGAGGAGAUUGAUGCUGAUAAAUCUAUUGAAGACCUACAUCGUGAGUUAUAUUCCCGUGUUAAACAAGUCAUGGAGGAUUCCAAGAAAAAUGAACUAAGAAAAUUGUGGACGAAUCAGAGUUAAUUAAAUGACAGCCCUGUAAUACACAUAGACAGGGUCUUGUCAGGCUCUGUAUUGCAAACACAAUCACCACAGUGCUUGUUUUUCAUUCAUCAAGCCCCUAUUGAUACAUAGAAGAGGAACUCAAUUUUUUGUGCUUUUCUUGCAUUUAUUUAAUUGAUAAAAAAAAAAAUAAUUUAGUUUUUUAACUGUCAAAAAUUAUAAAUUUAAACAUGAUUGUAUAAUACAGUUUUACGGUAUAUUUCAGUUUACCAGUAUAAUUGUCUUAAACAGCAGGACAUUUUUAAAUUUUUUUUUAAUAAUAAUAAUCCUCUAUUUAUAAAGCAUCAUAAUACUAAAACAGAAGUUUCUAUUGCGCCAUUUCAAGUUUUCUCUUAUAUUACAGACUGAAAUUAACAAAUGAUAAAUAUUAUUUAUAUAUUAUUAAAAUGUUGAUUUAUCACUAUAAAUAUGUCGUCAAUAUACAUAAAUUAUAUAAUACAUGUAAAUAAAUAUUUGUAUAAUUUUAUUGAUUUUUUAGAUGGUAAAUAUUGAUUUUAAGGCGGUAAAUAUGUCAUACAGAUGUAAAUAAACAUGAUUUUUUGGGUAUAAUUCUGUUGAUUUUUGUCUAAAUUUAUAAUACUUACUUGAAAAUAAAAUAAACAUGAAUUAUUACAAUAAAUAUACAAUACUUUACAAUACAUCCAAAUAUACACACUAGGGACCGGGUAUCACAAACUGGGCAUUAUUUGAUGAAUCUUGAUGGUAUUUAAUACUUACUGCAUGGCAAUCUAUUAACUGAAUAUGUGUAUUAGAUUAUAGAUGGUAAGCUCAGUUUCUUUCCUUUUUUCAUCAAAUAUGAAUGAUACCCGGUCCCUAGUGACAGUACAUCCACAUAUACCAUACAUCCACUUAUUCAAGAACAAUACAGUAAACUUCGCAUAUGUCGGAUCUAAGUGGACUGACCAAUUUUAUCUGAGAUAAGCGAAGAUCCGAGUUGGCCGAAGACCGAAAUUCAAUCUUAGCUCGAUUAGAAAUAAACUGCAAGAGCCGGAUAAUAAUUGAUUCAAAGGCACAUUUCAAGCUUUUGUUUGUGCGAGUAGAUAACUUCCUAAAUUUUCCCGGAAAAUUUCAUGUACAGCAGACAUUGAGUUUCAAAUUUUCCCGGAAAAUUCUAUUAUUGCAUCGCGUUAAAUAGGCUGAUUUGAGUCAAAAUGAUAGGAGAAAGUAUUUUGGGGCUCUGUGCAUGGAAUACCUAACUGUGUUUUAGACCAUCGGUACGAAACUGACUUGUCAAAUUCUGAACAUACUGACGAUCCGACUUAGG